AUGGACACUGUUCCAUUAGAGGAAAGCCACGAAGUUGUCGAUGCAAUCGCGCCAUCAAAAGAAAGGUCACUUGUUCUAUUCACUUAUUCUGAAUCAAGAAUAGCCCGCCUGAACUUGGAGUUCUUUCUCAAGAAGGGCUUGCACAACGAGACAGACUUCGUUUUCAUCUUCAACGGCAACACAACGGCCAAAGAACUGGUUCCUGAUCGUGAUAAUAUCAGAGUGGUAGAGAGGGAAAAUCACUGUUUCGAUCUAGGUGCAAUGGGAGAAGUGCUGAGGGAAGACGAUCUUUGGAAGAACUACAGGCGCUUCAUCACUAUGAACGCAAGUAUUCGUGGCCCUUUUCUGCCGGUGUACGCCUCCCUAUGCUGGACAGACCUGUUUCUAGACAGACUCACGGAGAAGAUCAAGCUGGUCGGCACAACUCUCAACUGCCAACCGUCGCCACAUGUCCAGUCGAUGCUCUGGGCUACCGAUGAUGUUGGGAUGGGCCUGCUCCUUAACCCGGACCUCUCUCGAACGGUCGGUAUGGCGGAUUUUUGGGGGACAGAGGAGGACCCCGUGGGCUUGAGUUUCUGUCCCGAAACCAUGGACCAGGCGGUGCACAGUGAGGUUGGAUCUACACGGCUCAUUGAAGCCCAGGGCUUCGAGGUGGAUGUUUUGAUGACGGCAUACGCUGGUGCUCGUGAUCCCGGGACUUACUGUCGAGCAGGCCAACUCGAUGAUGCUUUGUAUGAUGGCAAGUACUACGGGAGUAAUUUGCAUCCGUACGAGCUCAUUUUCAUGAAGGCCAACCGCGAUAUUGACCCAAUUCUCCUUGAAAAGAUGACGGAGUGGCACAUGAACAGCGAUAAAGACAGCUAUGCAAUGUGUAGUGCUUAA